AUGAAACAAAUUCCCUGCUAUAAAGAUGAAGAGCAAUUUUUAUUUUAUAUCAAAUUAGGAUAAAACUCAACAGAAUAUAUGUGUUUAGAGUGUGCUUAGGAGCUUAAUGAAGGUCCCAAGGAUGCGAGUCAAUAAAAUUUAAUUCGUAUCAAUAAAGUAUCAUUACAUAAUUUUUUUACAAGGUUUUAAAGUCACCUGAACAUUUGCUAUCUAAAUUGAAUUUGAAGCCUACCCUCAAAGAAUUUUUCUCCUAUUUAGAUAAAUAUAAUGAAAAAUCGAUCACAAAAAUAUUUCUGGAUUUUUAAAUAAAAAUAACAAAGCUUUAAAAUACUUUAAAGGACCUUGAGAAAGAAUUAGAAAAAAUUUUGCAUAAUUUCUAGAUAAGAAUUAGAAAAUUAGGGAUAAACUGUUAAAUAUAGAUAAUAAAAUCAUUAAUUUAGAUUAAUUUAAAUAAUUCAUAGAUAAUCUUGAAUAAAUUGGAGAUUCAAUCAACAAUUAAGCAAUUGAAUAAAAUGAAACGGCUCUCCAUUAAUACUUUUCAGAUCUUAAUAAAAAUAAUUGCAAAGAAUUGA